GGCUGAGGGAGGAGGAGGUGCUGCCGGCCGCCGCCGUUGCCUCAGCUGCUGGGCGCCUGGCAGCUCCCCGGGUUUCUGCGGCCACCAUGGACGAGCAGGCGGGUCCCGGCGUCUUCUUCAGCAACAACCACCCGGGCGCCGGCGGUGCCAAGGGACUCGGGCCUCUGGCGGAGGCUGCCGCGGCCGGCGACGGGGCGGCUGCGGCGGGGGCGGCCCGAGCCCAGUACAGCCUCCCCGGAAUCCUACACUUCCUGCAGCACGAGUGGGCCCGCUUCGAGGUGGAGAGAGCCCAGUGGGAGGUGGAACGGGCGGAGCUGCAGGCUCAGAUUGCCUUCCUUCAGGGAGAAAGGAAAGGUCAAGAAAAUUUGAAGAAGGAUCUUGUGAGGAGGAUCAAAAUGUUGGAGUAUGCUCUUAAACAGGAAAGAGCCAAAUACCACAAGUUGAAAUAUGGGACAGAAUUGAAUCAGGGAGAUAUGAAGCCUCCAAGCUAUGAUUCUGAUGAAGGUAAUGAAACAGAGGUGCAGCCACAACAAAACAGCCAAUUAAUGUGGAAACAAGGUCGACAACUACUCAGACAGUAUCUACAGGAGGUGGGUUACACGGAUACCAUUCUAGAUGUGAAAUCUAAACGAGUGAGAGCUUUGUUGGGUUUUUCAAGUGAUGUCACUGACAGGGAAGAUGACAAAAAUCAGGACUCAGUUAUAAAUGGCACAGAGUCUGAAGUUAAAGAGACAGCAAUGAUUGGAAAAUCUGAGUUAACAGAUUCCACCUCCGUUCUGGAUAAUUUCAAAUUCCUUGAAAGUGCAGCUGCAGAUUUCAGUGAUGAAGAUGAAGACGAUGACAUUGAUGGAAGAGAGAAAAGCGUCAUUGAUACUUCAACAAUUGUUAGGAAAAAAGCAUUGCCUGAUAGCAGUGAAGAUCGAGAUACAAAAGAAGCUCUAAAGGAGUUUGACUUCUUGGUUACAUCAGAGGAAGGAGACAGUGAAUCUAGAAGCGCAGGCGAUGGAACAGACUGGGAAAAGGAAGACCAGUGUCUCAUGCCUGAAGCUUGGAAUGUGGACCAGGGAGUAAUUACCAAACUCAAGGAACAAUACAAAAAGGAGAGAAAGGGGAAAAAGGGGGUGAAGAGGCCCAAUAGGUCAAAACUACAAGAUAUGCUUGCUAAUUUGAGAGAUGUUGAUGAACUUCCUUCAUUGCAGCCAUCUGUGGGUUCACCUUCCAGACCCAGCAGCUCCAGACUUCCUGAACAUGAAAUUAAUAGGGCAGAUGAAGUGGAAGCAUUGACAUUUCCUCCUUCUUCUGGGAAGUCAUUCAUCAUGGGAGCAGAUGAAGGCCUUGAAAGUGAACUGGGACUUGGAGAAUUAGCAGGCCUGACAGUGGCCAAUGAAGCAGAUUCACUAACUUAUGAUAUAGCAAACAAUAAAGAUGCAUUGAGAAAGACAUGGAACCCUAAAUUUACAUUAAGAAGUCACUUUGAUGGCAUCCGAGCCCUUGCUUUCCACCCCAUUGAGCCUGUUUUGAUAACAGCAUCAGAGGAUCACACGUUAAAAAUGUGGAAUUUGCAGAAAACAGCCCCAGCCAAAAAGAGUACUUCUCUUGAUGUAGAGCCUAUCUAUACAUUCAGGGCUCAUAAAGGUCCAGUGCUUUGUGUGGUAAUGAGCAGCAAUGGUGAGCAAUGUUACAGUGGUGGUACUGAUGGACUGAUCCAGGGCUGGAAUACCACUAAUCCCAACAUCGAUCCCUAUGACUCUUAUGACCCUUCUGUUUUAAGAGGCCCUCUGCUAGGCCAUACGGAUGCAGUCUGGGGUUUGGCUUACAGUGCAGCACAUCAGCGUUUGUUAUCCUGUUCAGCAGAUGGCACUCUGCGUUUAUGGAAUACAACUGAGGUUGCUCCAGCACUAAGUGUAUUUAGUGAUAAUCAAGAAUUGGGAAUCCCUGCCUCUGUGGAUCUUGUGAGCAGUGAUCCAAGCCAUAUGGUAGCAUCAUUCAGCAAAGGAUAUACAAGCAUCUUUAACAUGGAAACACAACAACGCAUUCUCACUUUAGAAUCCAAUCUAGAUGCAACAGCUAGUUCUUCCUGCCAAAUAAAUAGAGUCAUCAGUCAUCCCACUCUUCCGAUCAGCAUCACUGCUCAUGAAGACAGGCACAUCAAAUUCUAUGAUAACAACACAGGCAAACUGAUCCACUCGAUGGUAGCCCACCUAGAAGCCGUUACAAGUUUAGCAGUUGAUCCUAAUGGCCUGUAUUUGAUGUCUGGCAGUCAUGACUGUUCAAUACGUUUAUGGAAUCUAGAAAGUAAGACGUGUAUCCAAGAAUUCACAGCUCAUCGGAAAAAGUUUGAAGAAGCAAUUCAUGAUGUAGCUUUCCACCCAUCCAAAUGCUAUAUAGCCAGUGCUGGAGCUGAUGCACUGGCUAAAGUCUUUGUAUGACACGAUGUAUCAUCUUCAUCUUCUAGCUCUUUAUAAAUAUCAAGUGCACAAAAGAGAUACAGAAGACCAGGGCAAGAACCAACUCCUCCUGCCCUUUUGUUCUGCUGAAGGAGCACAGAGAAUGUUUGUUAAAGUAUAAUUUUGCAAUUCCUAUGCUGUUUUCUAAAACUAAGGUUGUUCAGGUUGCUGCAAGCUCAGCUGAAUCUGAGAGCCUGAAAACUGUUUCAAAUUUUCCCCCAAAUAGUGCUUUUAUUUCAGAGGAUGUUCUAAUUCGCUAGGCAGGCCUGAGCGAAUACAGGUUUAGCUUGUCUCUACUGAAUGAAGAGGGCUUGCUUUAAUGGAUAAUUAAAAAGCCUGAUGGCUGGUAAUGAGUAGAGGAAGAAUUGAAACUUAGACCUACUUCUCCCCUGAGAAAUCUUGUUAAACACAUUAGGUAGACAAAACAGUAAUCUUUAUCAUAUCUCCUCUAACCCCUUUGUGUAUAAUAACCAGGCAGUGUUAAAAUGAGUUUUUAAUUUAGCUCUCCUUUCAGCUGUUCACAUAAAGCACCUGGCAAAGCAUUUCACCUAUUAGGGAAAAAAUGCAAUAAUAUGUUAAAUAUAUUAUUAUUAAGAAAUGCUAAACAAAUAUUUAGUUUACAAGGAAAUUUC